UACACGGAACUUUGAAAGAGUGCAUCACGUGAAGAUAGUCCCCGCUGUCGGCAUGGCUGUCCGCUUAGGCUCACAGAGCUUGUGGAAUAACUUUCGUAAAAUAGAUAACAACUAUCUGCAUAAAAAUUACUUUCUGUUUAGAAAGAUCGAUACAGUGCAGAAAGUCAAUCAUGCCAAAUAUUGGAAAGGCCACAAUUCAAAUUACUUCAGUAAGAAAAUAUUUAAUCGUGUUUCCUGUGUUGCUGGGGUCACAACGUUGAUAUGUGCUUCCUAUUACCGUUAUGUGUACGGCGAUACAUUCAAUAAUAUACCAAAUGUGCUCGCAGCGAAAGAGAAAGGUUUUCCUCAGUUCAAAAUUUCCAGAUCGAUAAAGAGCAAACAUCAUCCACUUGGUGUGAAACUAACACUUUUCCAAUACCAAACAUGCCCAUUCUGUUGUAAAGUUCGAGCCAUGCUAGAUUAUCGAGGUUACUCAUAUGAUGUUGUUGAAGUUAACUCUAUUUGGAGAACACAGAUCAAAUGGUCAAAAUAUAAAAAAGUUCCCAUACUUGUAUGUGAAGGUAUUGGAGAAGAUGAUUAUUUGCAAAUUAAUGACUCAUCUGUUGUGAUGAGUUUAUUUGAAUCACAUUUAUGGGACAACUCACAAUCAAUAGAAAAACUCCUAACAUAUUUCCCUGCAAUUGAAUCAAAAGACACAAGAGGCAAAACUGUAUACGACUUUCCUAAUAAAUAUUUUAUCAUGUUUCAAGAAGGCACACCUUAUGCUAAUGACAAAUUUCUCAAAAAGGAACGUAAGUGGCGCAAAUGGGUAGAUGACCGCCUUGUCCAUACAUUGUCUCCCAAUGUUUACCGCACACCUUCUGAAGCUCUUCAGGCUUUUAAAUAUUUUGAAAAUGUUGGUGACUGGGGAAAUAAUUUCUCAAAGUUUGAGUGUUUCUUUAUUGUACAUAUUGGAGCUGCUGCCAUGUAUUUUGUUGCCAAGAUGUUAAAGAAAAAACACAAGCUUCAUGAUGAUGUACGCUUUUCCUUAUAUGAAGCCUGUCGAGAAUGGAACAAUGCCUUACAGAAAGAGCCAUUCAUGGGAGGAAAUUCUCCAAAUUUAGCAGAUUUAUCGGCUUAUGGUGUUUUGAGCUCAAUUGAAGGAUGUACAGCAUUUCAAGACUUGCUUGAACACACGAAAAUAGGUAAAUGGUAUUAUAGAACCAAAGAAGCUGUUAUUAAUCACAAAGGAAUUGGCUUACAAGACCAAUUUAGAGAAUAACUUUGAAGAAACUAGCUGUUUUCAAAAUUUCUAAACACAGAAUUUUAGAUUUCUGGAUUAAACAGACACAGAACCUUUUUUUUUUUUAAUAAAACA